AUGCCCCAGUCGAUCGAUCGUGGUGUCAGAUACACCUCUAUGCGAACUGUUGCAUUGACAGACCAGCCUUCUCCAGACAGUUUGACUGAGCGACCAACAUUACCCCACCGUAUUAGAGCCAGUUCCGAGUUUGCGCCGAUCUCUAAAGAUGAUUAUUCUCCUGCGGUAUGGGGAUUGGGAUGGCGGAGUCCGACUCUGAUGGUCGGACUCUUUUUAGGUGGCCUGGCAUUAUCGGUAGGCCAUCAUCUAUACUACAAGAGCCACGACAAUACGCUGGUUAAAUCGGCUGAGCAACAGACCUGGACAAUUCGGAUCGGCACUGGGUUUGCAUUCCUGGUCAAAACACUACUUGUAGCUGCCAUCGGGAUUGCGGCGGUGCAACAGAUGUGGGCUACACUCCGCAAGAAAAGUGUGAAUAUUCGCGGCAUCGAUGCCAUGUUCAGUAUUUUGAGCGAUCCACUUGCUUUUUUCGUCCCUGAUAUGUGGAUAUGUGCGAAAACACUGACUGUGUUGGCAAUUGUCUCCUGGCUGAUCCCCUUAACUGCUCUCAUUACACCAGCUACUCUCUCGGUACAUUUAAAGACAACGUCAACCACCACUCAGAUGAAUGUUCCCACUGUGAAAUUUACCAAAGAUUUCUGGAGCAACUGGGCAUCGUAUGGAGGGGCGGGCUUUAUUUCUCAGCCUUCCUAUAUCAUCAACCGUUUAUUCACGGCAACCUCCUCAUCAGCUGCUAUUAUUCCCCUUACCCCACCACUGCCUAACUCAUCCUAUACUCUUCAAUUUUGGGGACCUUCCUAUAAAUGCCAGGAUCUGAGUGAAGUCAUUGCCGAGACGAAGGGUAUCAUCUACACUGAUGAAGAUCUUAAUAACCAUACCUCCUUUCAGGGUGUGUGGGAUAGAUAUGCAAUAAACUCGAGUAACAGUCGAGCGAUAUACUCAGGCAGUGCGCCGGAGUGGUUGAGCAACACGCUUCUGAUCGCUGCGAGGCAAUACCAGGGCAUUUACAAGGAAAACUCCACCGAAACAUCUCUUGUUUGCAAGCUCUGGAACACUUCUUAUGUGCUGGAUGUAUCUUUCGACGAUACCAUUCAGAGACUCAUCCCUAUCUCGACCGAUUUGGUAGCUCCUUGUGAUUGGAAUACAAGCACUGCAAUGUGGUCAACGUUAUCAUCCGAUGUUCCAGAGAGCCUUGGGGGUUAUUAUAUAACCCACUUGCUCUUCUCAUCUCUCAUCAAUGGUUACCUAAGAUUAAGUGCCUCGGAAGAGCUCAACGGCGACGCAACCUGGAUUAUGCAGUCUGGUCUCUUCGAGUGUCCAGAGCUUGUGAAUAGCUCGAGCUAUUCUCUGGUGGAAUUCACGCCCAGUCCGACCUGUCGCAAUAAGACAUUGGGCCGAGCCCUGGAAGACCUCUCACGGAACUUUACCUACAGCCUUCUCAGUCUGAACACAGCCAACACCAGUGUGCCUGUCUCUGUCAACUCACCCAAGAACUUCUACAGUUAUAAUUGGAGAAAUCUGGUUACGGCUUAUGUGACCGCUCUCGUGGUCACUUUUGGGUGCAUUACUAUUGGGCUUUUUGCUCUGUGCAGCAAUGGUGUCCCUGAGAACACGUCUUUUUCCAACCUACUGAGAACGACGCGAAAUCCGGACUUGGAUGUUUUAACAACUGGAUACUGCUUGGGCUCCGACCAUUUACCCGAUGAGCUUGAAAAGGUGAGGUUGCGGUUCGGGGAGAUUGAGACACCUCAGCCAUUCAAGCACGCGGCAUUUGGAUUUGAAGAUUCAGUCAUUGAUUUGGUGAAAGAUGAAAAGUAUUAUUAG